AUGGAGGAAUCAAAACAAGUUGGAAAACCAAUGUGCACAUCUACGAAGUUUGACAAGGAUGAAGGAGGUAUAAACGUUGAUGAAAAGAAAUAUAGAGCCUGCAAGAAAAAACAAACUGCUAAAACUGAUGAACCGUCUGUCGAACAAAUCGAGGAACAUCAAACUGAGGAGCAGAAUGCUGAGGAACAGCAAACUGCUGAACCUUCCACCAGAAGAUCAUUAAGGAAGAGAACAACUGAUGAAGUGCCAACUGCCGAGCCUACUGCUGUGCCAACUAAUGUUCAGCGUGGUGGAAAAAGAAAACGUUCUGCUACAGAACAUUCUGCUGCUCAAACUGAGGAAGUACCAACUCCACUGCCUAGAUUUAUUGAUGAUGAUGCCAGGGAGAGAUUUGAAUGGAUUUCACAGAAAGAGAUUCGUGCUUCCAGUUCUCAGCCACAAGACAAGGAAAAGGUUCCAACAACUGAAGACAGCGAUGAUGAUGAGGAAACAGAAGAGGAAGAAGUGGAUCCUGCUCAGUUUCUUCCUCCUCAGUUUCGUCUAGAUAGGAGAAGGCCUGGAUCGUCCAAGAUCAUAAUUUAG